AUGUCCCAUGACCACACCACAUCCCAGGCGCGCGCCUUGGCAGAGAACCACGGCCGCCGGGCCUCGUUGCUGCUGAGAAGGGUGCUUUCGUCGAUUUCUACGAACCUCGCAGCUACCCGUGUUUCAAAGCCAGAAGAAAACAAACGCAGGCGCCAUGAUCUGCGCGAGCCCGGCCAAGAGAAUGAUCCCGUGAGACUCUUGAGCUCGUCCGUGCUGAAAACCUCGUUUUCCGAAGGUGGUCUAAUACGCCACCACUUCGAUGCCAUCUCACUGAGUGCCCAUGAUGUCACCGAUUCAGAAGAGGACAACAACACUCCGCGUCUGAUGUACUCGGACGCGCUCAAUCAUAUAUACGACGAUGACGACGAGGAAGAUGAGGAGGAAGACGACCUCGAGAAUUUGGCUCAGCAGCAGCCACAGGAGCCGAAGUGGAACAGGGCGAUUUUCGACGAAUUGAAGUACGUGAUGCGGAAAUACUCGGACACAAUUAUGGAUGAGAAUGACGAGGAUACAUAUGAUGUGACGAUGGUAGCGGAAUACGCUCCUGAGAUCUUCAACUAUUUGCAUGAGCUCGAACACAAAAUGGCACCGGACGCGAACUAUAUGGACGACCAGGACGAAUUGAAAUGGGAAAUGCGAUCCGUCUUGGUGGACUGGGUCGUGCAGGUGCAUCAGAGGUUCAAUUUGCUUCCUGAAACGUUGUAUUUGACCAUCAAUUACAUUGACCGCUUCUUGAGUCGACGUAAAGUGUCAUUAUCGCGGUUCCAGUUGGUUGGUGCAGUGGCCCUUUUUCUUGCUGCAAAAUACGAAGAGAUCAACUGCCCCACAGUGCAGGAAGUUGCGUACAUGGCCGACAAUGCAUACACUGUUCAAGAGUUCCUCAAAGCAGAGCUGUUUUUGAUUGGCGUGUUGGAGUUCGAGAUGGGAUGGCCCGGACCGAUGUCCUUUCUCAGACGCACAUCCAAAGCAGACGAUUAUGAUUACGAGACCAGAACAUUAGCCAAAUACUUUUUGGAGAUCACCAUCAUGGACCACCGCUUUGUGGCCUCGCAGCCAUCGUGGCUUGCAGCGGGCGCACACUAUCUACUGCGGAAGAUGCUCAACAAGGGAGCGUGGACGGAACUCCACGUGUUCUACUCGGGCUAUACCGAAGAGCAGUUGAAACCUUUGGCAAGAGUAUUCAUGGAUAUUUGCACAAAUGCAGAGACCAGCCACAAGGCGAUCUACGAAAAGUACCAGGAGCGCAAGUACCGGCGCUCCUCUCUUUUUGUUCAGGAGUUCCUUCGAGCCAUGCGCCAGGAAGAAGAGUAA